AUGGGGAACCGUGGCUCAAGCUUGGCCACCUCCACGUCUCUGACCAAGGCCGAGAGGACCAUCAUGUCCGUGUGGGGCGAGAUCUCUGCACAGGCAGAUGCCAUCGGCAUAGAGGCCCUAGAGAGGCUCUUCGCCAGCUACCCCCAGACCAAGACCUACUUCCCACACUUCGACCUGCACCCUGGCUCUGCGCAUCUGCGUUCGCACGGCUCCAAGGUGGUGGCCGCCGUGGGCGACGCGGUCAAGAACAUCGACAACAUCGCCGGCGCCCUGUCCAAGCUCAGCGAGCUGCACGCCUACGUUCUGCGCGUGGACCCGGUCAACUUCAAGCUGCUGUCCCACUGCCUGCUGGUGACGGUGGCCUCGCACUUCCCGGCGGACUUCACGGCCGACGCCCACGCCGCCUGGGACAAGUUCCUGUCCGUGGUGUCCAGCGUCCUGACCGAGAAGUACCGCUGA